CCAAGGCUGGUUCCGGCUGAUUCAGUCUUGAAGAACCAUGACAAGCGGACCUGAAGGCACUGGCAGCAGUGAAGGCACUGUUAUUAAUGACCCUGCCGUCCCUGGCACCCUGCAGAACCUGCCGCUGGCACUGCAGGAGCUACUGCAGCGCACUGGGUACCUGCUGGUGCAGGAGAACGGUCAGAGACGGUACGGUCCACCUCCAGGCUGGGAGGGUCCCAGUCCCCCUAAGGGCUGUGAGGUCUUUAUUGGGAAAAUCCCCAGGGACCUGUUUGAAGAUGAAUUGGUCCCUGUAAUGGAGCGAGCCGGGAAGAUCUACGAAGUCCGUUUGAUGAUGGACAUCAACGGGAACAACAGAGGGUACGGCUUCGCGCAGUACACCUCCAAACAGGAGGCAGAGAAUGCACUUCGACUCCUCAAUAACAUCGAAGUGCGCCCUAAGAAGUACCUGGGUGUGACCCGUAGCGUUGACAACAACCGCCUUUUCGUCGGGGGCAUCCCUAAGUGUCGGGGCCGCGAAGAGGUGCUGGAGGAGAUGAAGCGGGUAACGGAGGGCGUAGUUAAGAUCAUCCUCUAUCCAUCUAUCAACGAUAGAACGAAGAAUAGAGGCUACGCCUUCGUGGAGUAUACCAGUCACAAGGCAGCGGCCAUGGCCAGGAGAAAACUCUUCUCAGGUCGAAUCCUGCUCUGGGGGUCGACUGAAGUCAAGGUCGACUGGGCAGAGCCAGAGAUCGAUGUUGAUAAUGACAUCAUGUCAAAGGUGAAGGUGCUCUACAUCCGCAACCUGUCCCUCAGCACCACUGAAGAUGACAUCAGAAGUCUCUGCAACAGUAGCAAUGGUGUGGAGCGCGUCAAGAAGCAGAAGGACUAUGCUUUCGUACACUUCUCCAGCAGAGAGCAAGCUGAAGUGGUCAAGGCUUCACUGAACGGUCGCGUUGUUCACGGCUGUGGUUGAAAAUUUUCC